AAUGGUCAGAGUGAGGUGUUCUCUCAUUUGUGUCUGGAAGUAGCUAGCAAGCUAGCCAACUUUAGACAGUUAGCUUGGCUGCCGUUGUAAGGUCAGAACGCUUCGAUCAACCCUACUCCUCCGCCAGAGCGUCCAGUGUAUGCUCCGAGAGCGAAACGCUCUGAAUUUAUGAAUGGUCAAUCUUGACAAUGCUAUGAAUUUAUGAACGCCCAGACUGCACUCUGAGCGUCCUCUGGCACUCCAAAGUGAAUUUACGAACACACCCUCAACAAGACCGCAAAGUGCACAAAAAUAAAGAUUUUGGAAUUAUUAGUCCAACAGUUGCAAACGAGAAUUUCUAUUGGACAAAUUCAGAUAUCGACAGAUUCUGGAGAAGGCCAUCCAAUUCACAGAUGCAGAACAAUUGGAAUCAUUAAAAGCAUUUGUUGAAGCAAUGGUUAAUGAAAACGUCAGCUUAGUGAUAUCUAGACAGCUGCUGACAGACUUCUGCACAAAUAUCCCCAGUCUUCCUGACAGCACAGCCAAGGCAGUCUACCACUUCACACUAGAGAAGAUACAGCCAAGGGUCAUCUCCUUUGAAGAACAGGUGGCCUCCAUCAGACAGCACUUAGCCACCAUCUAUGAGAAGGAGGAGGACUGGAGAAAUGCUGCUCAGGUUCUAGUGGGCAUUCCUCUGGAGACAGGACAGAAGCAGUAUAACGUAGACUAUAAGUUGGACACGUACCUGAAGAUUGCCCGUCUGUACCUGGAGGAUGAUGACCCUGUUCAGGCAGAGGCCUACAUCAACAGAGCCUCUCUGCUCCAGAACGAGUCCACCAACGAACAGCUACAGGUACACUACAAAGUGUGCUACGCCAGAGUGUUGGACUACAGGAGGAAGUUUAUCGAGGCGGCACAGAGGUACAACGAGCUCUCCUACAAGUCCAUUGUCCACGAGACAGAGCGUCUAGAGGCCCUGAAGCAUGCUCUCCACUGCACCAUCCUGGCGUCAGCAGGCCAGCAGCGCUCCCGUAUGUUAGCCACCCUGUUUAAAGACGAGCGCUGUCAGCAGCUGGCGGCCUACGGCAUCCUAGAGAAGAUGUACCUGGACCGGAUCAUCAGGGGGAACCAGCUGCAGGAGUUUGCGGCCAUGCUCAUGCCCCACCAGAAGGCCACCAUGGCGGACGGCUCCAGCAUAUUAGACAGAGCCGUUAUUGAACACAACCUGCUGUCUGCUAGCAAACUUUACAACAACAUCACGUUUGAAGAGCUAGGGGCGCUUCUGGAGAUCCCUCCCGCUAAGGACGAUUGUCCCGAUGGUGAGGUCCCUGGUUACAGAUGCAAUCUGGCUGAGAAGAUCGCCUCCCAGAUGAUCACUGAGGGACGCAUGAACGGCUUCAUCGACCAGAUAGAUGGAAUCGUCCACUUUGAGACACGGGAGCCCCUGCCCACCUGGGACAAGCAGAUCCAGUCUCUGUGUUUCCAGGUGAACAAUCUGCUGGAGAAGAUCACUGCUGCUGCUCCUGAGUGGACAGCCCAGGCCAUGGAGGCCCAGAUGACCCAGUAGACUGACUAACACCCCCUGGCAUGGAACACCACCAACCACACCAGGGCACCCCAUCUCCCUAUUCCCUAUGGAGGGUGCCAUUUUGGACAAAGCCCCCAAUUGUUUCCCCUAGAGGUUUUGGCUGGGUGGCUUGGCACAGGUAUGCAAGAUCGUCCACCGUACUAUACUGGGGACUGCAGACUGCAAACUCCAAAUUGUUCAGUUGAAGCCAAAUCCAGAUGUAUUUUGGCAGGGGCUGAUAGAGCUUAGCCGAGAGCCCUGCCUAAGUAGUGGAAGGGGAAACACUGCCCCCUUCUCUCUCUCUCUCUCUCGCUCUCUCUCUCGCUCUCUCUCUAGACAAGUUCCAAUCUGGUGGUUCUCUAGCAUAUUACUCUACUGUAUAUUAUGCUUGGAGUUUACCAUUCAUCUUUGUAGGACAAAUUAAUGGAUACUUGAAUCCAUAGGCUCAUCAAGUUACCAGUGGUUGCAAUCUCAUGUAUACUUUGAUUCAGACACUGGUGUCCCACAAUGAAGGUGUUAGUAAGGUUGAAAUGUGAAAGACACACAGGCAAUUCCUACCGACACUCUUUAUUUGUUGCUGUGUUCUUGUACAAGGAUCUCGUUACAUUCUGUUUGGACAUAUUUUGUCAGAACCGGAGUCUAACUUCAACAAAAAGAUUAAUAAAAGUUGAAAAAUAA